UUUUUUUUUUCAUAUAAAUAAUAUUUUAGAUUCGUUCAAUUGUUGCUGAUUGUGCUCGUGUAAAUAAAGACAAUAAUAAUACAUUAUCAAAAACACUUACAAGUGAAUUAUUGAGUCAAACAUUACUUAAUACAACAACAACAGAUAAUAAUAAUCAAACAAUAACAAAUACUCAACAAAGUACUAAUAGUACAUUAGAUAUAAAUGAUUUCUUUGAUUGA